ACCAUGAACCACUGGGCGGAAAACAGAGCAACAAAUCUCACUUGUAACUUAACUUAGGUUUCACUCUGCUUAAAAUAAAAUAAAAUAAAAUAAAAGCAGAGGUAAACAAGCCACAAAAAUGGCGGUUAUCAGAACCACAACCAACAUGAUUCUCAAGCAAGUCUUCCUCAAUCAUCGACUAAUACCACCAUUGUCUGUGACUAGAACAUUAAGUAAUUUACACUGGGCGAGCCUUGAAGUACCAAAUCGCCAAAUCAGCUCCUGCCGGAUUAAAUGUGCGGCUUCCGAUGAUAAGAAGGUAUCCGCUCGGUUGUCUCAGGUUCAUCAGUUACUGCAAGAAGCGGAGGAGCGAGCCAGCGCCGUUGGAAACGAGCCGACUCCAAAAAUCACACGCGGGCAUGUUACUGUGAGUUUUGCAAGAAGCGGUGGGCCUGGUGGUCAGAAUGUAAACAAAGUUAACACCAAGGUGGACAUGCGCUUCAAUGUCAAAAAAGCAUAUUGGCUAAGUGACAGGAUCAGAGAGAGGAUCAUGCAAAUGGAAAAGAAUCGCAUUAACAAGGAUGGUGAGAUUGUGAUAUCUUCAACAAAGACUAGAACACAGACGGGUAACAUUGACGAUGCUUUAGAAAAACUACAGGCAGUCAUUGAUGCGGCUUCUUAUGUUCCACCACCUCCUUCGGAAGAGCAAAAGAAGAAGAUUGCCAAGCUGGCUUCUAUCGGGGAGCAGAAGCGACUGAGAAGUAAGAAAGUCCUUUCAGACAAGAAGGCUUUUAGAAGAAGUCGGGACAGUUGGGACUAGAUUGUUUAUUAGUAAACCUAUCAAUCUUGGAGCAAUUUGUGAAUUGAAGUCCCGCCAGAGUUUAGUAUUAUCAAUUUUUUGGGUGGUUACAUGAAUUGUUUUUUCUCCUUGUAAACAUGUUCCAUUUAGGAAUAUAUGUAAAGCAUCGACUGUUCAGUUUCAUGAUGAAAAUCCAGUUGACAAGUAAA